UUUUCAAUGUAAUAUUCGCGCAAUGAUUCUCAUGAACAGUAUUAAUUUGUUGAUUUGUAUAGUUGUAUCUUGCAUUUUACAGAUUGCAUUCCGCAGGUGUGAAUUAUAUAUCAAUUGAAAAAGAAGAUAUAAAAAGUUAUAAGGAUAUAUGAUUCAAAACUGCUACUUAUUAUUUGUGGCCUUAGCGUAUCGUAUUGCCACUUUUAUAAUGCUUGAUAGUUAUCUGUAAGGUUACACGAAACUGACACGCUUCCAUUAAAAUAAAAAAAGAAAACCCGGUUUUGUAAUACUUGACUCAUUUAUCAAGAUUGAAAAUUACUUCCAUCAGUUUAAGAGUUAUAAGUGAAAUUUAAUGAUGGAAUUUAAACGCCCUGAUCUACCAAGUCGUUGCACAUGGAAACCAAAUGCAACAAAUUCACCACAUACAUGUAGAAUGGAGAAACCUGAUCGUAGCAAGAUACUCCCUGAUAUUUUAACUACUAUCGGACAAACACCACUUAUAAAAUUAAACAACAUUCCUAAAUCUUAUGGGAUUAAAUGUGAAAUAUAUGUAAAAUGUGAUUCUUUAAUCCUGGUGGGGUCUGUGAAAGAUAGAAUUGCAUACAGAAUGAUUCAAGAUGCGGAGGAAAAGGAGUCUUAUAAAAACCAGGCUAUACUAUUAUUGAAACCCACAAGCGGUAAUACGGGAAUUGGUUUAGCUAUGGCUUGUGCGGAUUAAAGGAUAUAGAUGGAUCAAUUGUUAUGCCAGAAAAAAAUGUCAAAUGAAAAAGCUUCUACUUUAAUCGCGCUUGGUGCUGAAAUUGUUCGAACGCCGACUGAAGCAAGUUGGAAUAGUCCAGAAGCACAUAUCAGUGUUGCGCAAAAAAUACAAAGCGAAACACCGAACAGUAUUGUUCUGGAUCAAUACACUAACCGGAAUCCAUUGGCUCAUUACGAGCAAACCGCGACUGAAAUCUGGGAACAAUGCGAAGGGAAGAUAGAUUAUUUGAUAGCCGGUGCAGGUACAGGUGGUACUAUUAGUAUUGGACGAAAAUUGAAAGAAUUAUCGCCGGAUAUAAAAUAUUGCUGUGGAUCCUAAAGGAAGUUUUUAGAUCCAUCCGCUGAGGAGAAUGAAAUUGGCUUUUAUGAAGUGGAAGGAAUUGGAUAUGAUUUCGUACCUACAGUGUUAGAUCGUAAUGUAAUUGAUAAAUGGAUACAGACUGAAGAUGCUGAAUCAUUCAAUGCCGCCAGAAUGCUUAUACGUCAGGAAGGUUUAUUGUGCGGCGGUAGUAGCGGUACUGUACUCGUAGCUGCUCUUAAACUAGCUAAAGACAUUCCCGAAGGAAAAACGAUCGUUCUUAUUUUGCCUGAUGGAACGAAUUAUUUGACUAAAUUUGUGUCUGAUCAUUGGAUGGAAGUUAGAGGAUUCUUGGAACCUAAAUGUAACAAUGAGAUGAACAAUUGGUGGUGGAAUAUGCAAGUUUCAAAUUUAUCAUUUGAUAAAUCACUAUUGUUAAAGGAAAAUACGAUAACGUGUCACGAAGCAAUUCAUAUUUUUGAAGAUAGAAAAUCUCAGCCAUUAGUCAUUAGCAAUGACAAUGUACAUGUAAAAGGAUGUUAUUCUUUGAAUAAACUCAUGUCGAAUUUAAUAUCUGGUACAGUAAAACACGAUUUUGUAGAAAAGACUAUGAUUAAACAAUAUGUGAAAGUUACAACCUUCAACACUAUUGGUUUAUUAUCGCGUAUUCUUGAAGAAGAAUCACACGCGAUUAUUUUAGAUGACGAACGCGAUGAUGCUUUUGUGGUUGUAAACCAAUUUCACAUUUUGAAUUUUAUUACCAAAAAUAACGAUAAAUUAACAUUGAAUAAUUCAACCAAUUAAAUCGUUAAAAUACAAAAUACAAUGUUAUUCGCAUUUCCAUUUUUUAUUAUCUUCAUUAAUAAGAAAAAUAAUUUUAUGCGAGAACUUGUAUGUUAAACACAGAUUCAGUGGUAUUCUACAUUUAGGCUGAUUAUGUUAACAUAAAAGUACAAAUACAUAAUUAAGGGAUUGCUACAGUAUAAGUAAUACUUAUGUACAAUUAUAUGAAGCUUAUACUGAAUUAUACAAAUUAUAAUAUACGAAUAAAUGCAUUAUUAUU